GUGAGCUCCACACUCCUUGCCGUGCAUGUUAGCACCGCCGUCCGGCCCUAUCGCGCGUUAGCACGUCACCUCCAUGGUCGACCAAGCCCCGCCGCACUACACCUCCGCCUCAGCUAAAAAGGGACCCCGAGUCCAGCUUUUCCUCUCUCACCACCUCACUUGCUCAUCUCUCCCUCCCUCAGAACACUCCUCGGAUGAAGCCCUGCUCCAUCUCUCCCUCCCUUUUUGCGAGGAAAGCCGAAAGCAACGUACCGAAGUGCUCGCGAGGAGGUCAUCUUCGUCAAGAACUGAUCGUGGCACCUCCAUCCCCAUCAUCGAGGAGCGUCGGGUGACCACCGUCGACGGAGCUCUGUCCGUGCGUGCGCGGCGGUCGCACAUGCACGUGUACGCCGUCGUCCGGGAGCCUGCCGGCGAGUCCGAGACGACAUGCAGGGUCUUCGCGCGACAGUCCCUCGUGAAGCCUCCGAUCACGCCGGGAGGCCACCGUCGAUGGAGACCGUCCGCGCCGUCACAGAGUUUCACACGGUCAUGCCUGCUCGUCCGGGGCACUAGUGCAACUCGCCUCGAGUUCCGCCGCAGUUCUCCACGUCUUCCCCUUCGUCCCGAGCCCGGCAGCGUGCUCGCGCGCGACGUCACCGUCGCCUGGAGUUCGCCCACGCGUCCUAGCGACCAAGUGAAGCAGAGUAGCAGACGCACGCCGCCGCGCCGUCUUCCACGUCGCGGCCUUCGUCUCCGACCACCCCCCCUUGGUGAGCCUCGCCUCCCUUCGCGUCACUGCAUGCGCGCGUCGCCGACUGAGCCGCGCAGCCUCCGCCGAAUCCUUCAGCGGCGACCUCCAUCAUCUUCGAGCUUCGACCACCGCCGAUACGAACGCCACUGAUGAAGAAGAGAAGGAUCAUUUCGAGGAUUUCGAAGAGAAAGUCCAGGGACACAUUGCUAAUCAAGGCAAG